AUGGCAUCGCCAUCAAACAAAAAAGAACCUGUCCUCGUCCAGUGGAUCCUAGACACCCGCCCCUGGUACCCCGAAGCCACCCAAACCAAACAACUCGAGACUCAUGCCUCUCGAGCAUUAUCCCUCCUCCCAGAGUCAGAACGCGCCUCGGUCCUCCGCUACUUCCACGUCCGCGACGCCAAAAUGUCUCUCGCCUCCCACCUCCUCAAGCACUACGCCAUCACCAAGCUCACCCCCACCCCCUGGUCCGCCACAACCAUAACCCGCAACUCCAAAACAAAACCCGUCUACCUCGACCCCUCCACCGGCCAAGAGCCCGUCUCCUUCAACGUGACCCACCAAGCCGGCCUCGUCGCCCUCGUCGCCGUGGCCAACUAUCACUCGGGACAAGCAGACACAGGCGUAGACGUAGUCUGCACCUCUGAACGCCGCGACCGCGACCACAAGCUGAUCCUCACCGACCCCGCCGGCUGGCCCGGCUUCGUGGACAUGCACGCCGACGUCUUCGGCCCGGGCGAGGUCACCUACCUCAAAUACCGUGUCCUCUCCGCCGUGCCAGGUUUGGUAUCCGGUUCCAAGCCAGAGGACCUCAUCGACGGGAAGCUCCGCGCGUUUUAUGCGCUCUGGGCGUUGAGGGAGGCUUACAUCAAGCUCACGGGCGAGGCUCUCCUGGCCGAGUGGCUGAGGGAGCUGGAGUUUGUCUCUUUCCGCCCUCCAAGACCAACAGAGGCGUGGGGGGUCCCCGCUAGGGAGGAUGAUGAUGAUGAUGUCGACACAGAUACCGCGCAAGUGAUCAGGAAGUUUGAUAUCAGGUUCCGGGGGGAAAAGGUCGAGGAUGUGAAAAUGUGUUUGAGGUCUAUGGGGCCGGAUUACAUGAUUGCCACUGCCGUGAGGACGCCUGAUCGCAAAGAGGAUGCCCUGGGGUGGGAGCUGGGCCCGUAUGAGUUCCUGGAGUUGGACGAACUGCUUGAUUUUGCAGAGGCGAAUAGGUAG